CUCCCCCACAACCAGUAGUCCCUUCACACAAAGAUAAAGGUGGUGCUCCACCAGUUAGAAGCAUUUAUGAUGAGUUAUCUAGUCCUGGGCUUGGAUCAACACCUCUGUCCUCAAGAAGACCAGUAAGUGUCUUUGGUACUGGCCUGUUCUUAGCAGAAAAGAUGUGAGGCAGCUUAGUGCCUCAGUGAAUUCUCAAACUUAGUUGUAUAAGUUGCUGUAGCAAAAUGACUGGUGACCCUUCAAAUCAUGCUGUUUGGGUUGUUUGGUGGGCCUGUUCCUCUUUGGACUAAACAAGAGCUGUGGUCAUGAAGCAAAUUCCUGUUAUUGCCAAUUUUCAGUACAGUAGGAAAUAAAAAAUGCAAAUCAUGCCUCAGUCAUGCUUCGUACAUACAAAUUCGGGUCAGUUUGUCAGCUUUUCACUUUCCUGUAAAUUUAUUGGGCUGCUGAUUCCCAGAAGGACCCUUUCACAACUUGAAAGGAGGUUGUAGCAAGGUGGAGGCUGGUCUCUUCUCCCAGGUAACAAGUAAUAGGACAAGAGGAAAUGGCCUCAGGUUGCACCAGAAGAAGUUUAGAUUGAGUAUCAGGAAAAAUUUCUUCACUGGAAGGGUGGUCAGGCAUUGGAACAGGCCACCCAGGGAAGUGUUAGAAUCACCAUGCUUGGUAGUGUUCAAAAAUGUGUGGAAGUGGCUUGGGGAGAUGGUUUAAUGGUCAAGAUGGCAGUGUUAGGUUAAUGGUUGGACACAAUGAUCUUAGAGAUCUUUUCCAACCUUAAUAAUUCCAUGUUUCUGUGAUUAGCUUUUAGAAGGCAACAGAGGCACUUACAGAACCAGAAUGGUUUUCUGAGUAAAAUAUCUAAUCAAAGUUUGGGUAGAUAGUUGGGGCUAAUUUUGAAAGAGAAAUGCUCAAAUUUCUACAAGGUAAAUUUUAUAAUAAGCUCUGCUGCUUAACUGACUAAUCAAGCAUUGCUAGUUCCUUUUUCAUGGAGCUCUUUUGAUGCAAGGAGAGCACUUCAUUGAAUGAGCAGUCUUUCUAUUGAGUGUUGCCUUCUGAAAAGUUUAUUCUGAAAGCUGAGGUUCUCUGUGAAGGACAGAAUCCUACAGUGUCUUAAAGGACUGGAUAUUAAAUUUCAGAAAAUGUUCAGCAGAUGUCAGAACAUAAUGUUGCUAGGUCUACAGGUUCUCCAGGCUGUUCAAUUUUGUAUCUAAGAAAUGCAAUGAUUCAGGCCAAAAACAGAUGAAAAUUGUUUUGGGUGUUGAAACCCUAUGUUAAAAAGAAAACGACUACCAUCUAAAAUUCAAAGUAUACUUUCCUUCUAUGCACUAAAUAGUUGAGCAGGAAAGUAAGUCUAGUAAUAGUCUCCAUACAAGUGCAGGUUAUGUUUCCAUGAUUUCUGAACCCUUAGGCAGUGAAAAUCCUGAUAAACUUGGGAUACUAAUAUCCUUCCCAUCAGGAUGCACAUGAAUGUGUGAAUUAUUACAGUGCAGCAAUAGUGACCUGACUAUUUUGAGAAGGUAAACCAAAGGAUUUCUAAGUAUUGAUACUUAAAACUUAUUUGUUUCACAAAGCACAUGUCAAAUAUAUUGUCAAAUAGCUUUUCAUUAAUACCUCUUGGUAAAUUUUUAUUGAAUAAUACAUGUAAAUAUCUGUUCUUACUCUUAAAAGUUAGGAGUUAUUAGUUAAUAUUAUUAUGUGGAUGUUUAAGUCACUUGAAAAUUGUCUCUUGAUCCAAGCAGUAUACUUAUAAGAAUGAUUUGUUACUUUCUGUAAAUUAAUGCAGGCCAGCUUUACUUUAACACAGAGCCCAUCAGUUGGAAUUCUGCCAUCAACUCCAGGAGCAGGUAGAUGUCCUGUCAAAAUUUCUAUUUUCUUUUCUUACUGCUUUCUUUAAUACAGAAAAAUCAUCAUUGUUCAAGCUAUAGCAGUUCCUUACUAGUUUAUGAAUAGGUUGUGCAUUUGUUAGCUCUUCAGAAGGUGUAUUGAAUAGGAAAUAAUUAUUCAUUCUGAGACUGCGUUUCAAGCAACUUUUCUUGUUCCUUGUUCCAAAUGUGGUGUUGAACUGAGCACAGAGGUGGUUGUAAUUGAAUGAAGAAGCUGAGAUGGAUGAAUUGCCUUCCAUCUUCACAAGCUUCAAGCAUGUUCAGUCCUGCAAGUAUUGGGCAACCUAAGAAGACUACUCUAUCUCCUGCUCAGCUAGAUCCUUUUUAUACUCAAGGUGAUUCCCUCACUUCAGAAGAUCAACUUGAUGACACAUGGGUAACUGUAUUUGGAUUUCCUCAAGCAUCAGCUUCCUAUAUUCUCCUGCAGUUUGCUCAGUAUGGAAACAUAUUAAAGCAUGUGAUGUCCAACAGAGGAAACUGGAUGCAUAUUCGAUAUCAGUCUAAGCUUCAAGCCCGGAAAGCCUUAAGCAAAGAUGGAAGAAUUUAUGGUGAAUCUAUCAUGAUUGGUGUCAAGCCCUGCAUAGAUAAAAGUCUGAUGGAAAACUUUGAAAGAAGCUCUAAAUCCUCAGUGUCUUCGAUUUUCACUCCACCUUCAAAAUCUGUUGGCACACCAGUACAACCUGCAAAUAAUACUGCAAGGAUUUCUACAAUGAGACCUCUUGCAACAGCAUAUAAGGCUUCCACUAGUGACUAUCAGGUGGUUUCUGACAGACAAACUCCUCGGAAAGAUGAAAGUAUUGUAUCUAAAGCAAUGGAAUAUGUUUUUGGCUGGUAAUACACGAGAGGAAUUAACAAGCUAAGCUGGUCAUGGUUUGAACUAUACUACUGGCAUUUGUAGUUAGUUGUAUAACUACUGGUGGCAGUAUUUUAUCUUACAUAGCACCUGUUAUGCCUUCAGUUUAUUCAGAAGACAUGUAGCUUGCACUUUAAGUGAUGGCAGUGUACACAUGGUUUUACAAACUGAGCAAGUGUAAAUAAAAGUGCUUUAUCCCUAUUUGUGCUCUGAUGGCAUGAUUGUGAAAUUUCUCUUUUUUAUGCUAUGGAGAAGAGUUUUGUUUCCCUAUAACACAGAGAUUAUGGGGUGGGUGAAUGUUUUAACUGUAGAUAUGAGCAGAGGCAUUGGUGCUAGAGUAAGCAGAUACUGAAAUGGCUGUGAUUUUGUAAGUUUAAAUAAAGAAGAGAUGAAAAUCCCUGCUGCCCCCCAGGGAAGAAGAGAAACCUCUGUUUUUAAAGAUGAAGAAAGCUUUUGUUUGAACUGUUAUAAUCCUUAGAGUGUGCCCCACAAGAUGAUGCAGUCCUCAAAAAUGGUUGUAGGAAAAUUGUUAGUUGAAGGGAUUUUUUUACACAGUGAUCAGAUUUCCAUUCUUCCGGGCAGCUGAUUGCUAUAACAUCGAGGCCAUGAGAAAACUUUCUUGUGGAGAAAUCUCCAUAUACUGAGGAGAGUAAUCUCCUCUCCCAAGUGAAUUGGUGAAAAACCUUUUUUUAAAUGGUAAACUGACUAAUUGUUUUUCUUCACAUUGUCAGUGUAAAAGAAAAGAAGUUGUGGGGUGGGGAGGAGUGUUCUAAAAGUUUUAUUCUGAUUUUUUUUAUAGUUUUUAGUAAUAAAGUUUUUCUUUGUACCU